AAGCAACAUAAGCAACAUAUGGAUUGCUUCACGUAAAACACCCAGGCCAGGGUCGCUAAUCCGUAUUUUGGUAACUGCUUCCUCAUUUCUUCUUGCUCUUAUCCUUGACAUGAAAAAGUCCAAGAUUUCAACCACAGACGCAUAGUCUCGGGUUUAGUCUAUAACAUAAAGCUGAAGAUAGCAAGUUAGUCAGAUAGUGAGGACACAGAGGAAGCAAUGGCAUCAGAAAGGAACGAAGCAACUCCAUUACUACAGAAGAAAAAGAAUGACCGGAAAAAAAUAAGAAAUAGCUGGCUCUUUGUUGCAGCCUUUUCGGCUGUUUUGGGCAAUUUCAUUUUUGGAUACGCCAUGGUAUUUCCCUCAGCAGUGAUUCCACAGCUUCAGAUGGACAAAGAUCCAAGUAUGCACAUGGAUGUCCAUCAGAUGUCCUGGUUUGGGUCUGUUUUUGCGAUUGGAGCGAUAGUAGGAGGGUUGAGUGCCAUGGUGAUGAAUGACAAAAUUGGAAGGAAACACAGCAUCAUGAUAUCUGUAAUUCCCUCCACGGCGGGGUUUCUCAUGAUGGCGGCAGCGAAUAAAGUGUGGUUGCUUCUCCUGGGCAGAUUGCUCACAGGCAUCGCUGGUGGCAUUACAGCCAGCUCCAUUCCUGUCUAUGUGUCAGAGAUUUCACAUCCACGUGUCAGAGGAGCCCUGGGAUCUGGUCCACAGAUAAUGGCUGUCUUUGGAAGUCUGGCACUCUAUCUUCUGGGCUUGAUUCUGCCGUGGCGGUGGCUGGCUGUAGCUGGGGAAGUUCCUGUUCUGAUUAUGCUAUUGCUCUUGUGCUUCAUGCCAAACUCUCCACGUUACCUCAUCACCAACAACAAACGGGACGAGGCCUCCAGAGCCCUCCAAUGGCUCAGGGGCCCUGAUUCAAACUACAUCACUGAACUAAAUCAAAUUGAGCGCAGUGUCAAUUCCCAGGUUGGAAUACAGUGGUCGGAUCUUAGGAGUCCUUUCUUCUACAAGCCGAUCUUGAUCUCUGUGUUUAUGAGAUUCUUGCAGCAGAUGACGGGUAUUACACCCAUCUUGGUUUAUCUUCAGCCUAUUUUUGAGAAAACAUCCAUUUCACUGAAGCCCGAGUUCGAUGCAGCAAUAGUAGGAGGUGUUAGACUGUGCUCUGUUGUAAUCGCAGCUGCUUUAAUGGACAAAGCUGGCAGGAAAGCUCUGCUUUACACAUCAGCAUUUAUAAUGUAUCUGGCCACACUGACAAUGACCAUAUCCACCCACCAACUGUCAUGUGAUAGUAGGAACAUUACUGCUGAGGUCCCAUCUGCAGCAGAUGCUUAUGGAGCCAUGGCAGGUCAUGCUGUAAGCUCCGGCACAAUUAUCCCCCUCAUCAGCAUCAUGUUUAUAGUAUUUGGUUAUGCAAUGGGCUGGGGUCCGAUCACAUGGCUGCUGAUGUCGGAGAUCCUGCCAAUGACAGCACGCGGCGUUGCUUCAGGCCUGUGUGUGGUGGUCAGCUGGGCCACUGCUUUUGCGCUGACACAAAUCUUCAUGCACGCAGUGGAGGCGUAUGGACUUUAUGCACCGUUUCUGUUCUUCUGUGUAAUCUGCGUGCUGAACAUCAUAUUCACUGCCAAGUGUGUGCCUGAAACUAAAGGGAGAACACUGGAGGAAAUUGAGAACUAUUUCAGAACUGGACGCACCUUCACCAUUGCUGAGAGUUAGUCUUUUCUGCAAUAAGGGAAACUUGAAAAAGAAUUUCCAUUUUGUAAAAUGAAAAAGUAUUGAAUUGAGUAGAUUAGUUGAGUAUUGACAGUUGAUAACUGAGUAGAUAGUUUUCAAACACAGUUGUGCACUUUGCUGUUUCUGUCUAUUUUGAUGAUACAGCUCUUUUCUGCUUUACAUAUGUCACUGAGUAAAUAAGUACUGUAAAAAUACAUAAUAUACUGUAUAUAUUGUAUAUCAAUAUUAUACAAGGAUAAUAUUGUACAACCACUUUUUGUGGUUCUCGGGGGAAAUUUACAUGCCAUUUAUAUGAGUUUUACUUUUAAAUAUAUCAUUUAUAUUUUAUUGAUUUUAGCUGAGAAAAAAAUGGAAAUCCAUUGUGCAAUAUCUGUUGACUGAAGCAAUACAACACUUCUCCUUUUAUUAUUGCUGUGGGUUUGGUUGAAUUGUCGAGUACACCCUGAAUGACCACAAAUUGCACAAGAUGCUGGAAACCAAUGAAGAAAAGAUCAUUCUGAGCACAGUCAUCCUCAAGGGUGUGUCAUUGUGACUCACUAUUUAUUGGAUAGCAUCUCUUUGGUUAUUUAAGAAAUCAAAGAUAUCUUCUGAAUGCUUUCUACUCUUUCACAACUGACAACUGACUUACAUUUCCUUGUUAAAUGUUGACCAAAAACUCAGUUUUUUUUUGUUCCCUCACUGCAAAAAUGUAUAUCGUAUUGAAUAAAGGAACAGUUGUCUAA